AGUCUUAAGCGAAACCACAGAAACUGAAGUCAUACAUUAAUUAUUGCUAUAACUUUGAUAAAGUAAAGAUGAAAAUCAUUUUCGUUCUUGUGGUGUUUGUUGCUGCUGUUGUUGCAUCGACUUCAGCUUUGCGUUGUUAUGACUGUUCCUUUCCGAGGGAUUCAAAAUGUGAAGAAUUGAAGGAUGCUCAAGAAUUGACAAAAGAAUGUCCAGAACCUUCAACAUUCGAAAAAGGCUUAGGAAUUAAAAGUGCGUGCUUGAAGACUAUUGAAAAUGGUUCUUGUACGAAGGAUAGUAAACUGGUUCUGAAUGCUUGUGCAUCCCCUAAAGAGAGUUUUGAACACUGCUCGAUUUGUUAUUCUGACUUGUGCAAUAACUAAUCUGAGAUUUCUGAUGAGAGUUUUUUUCCUUUUAUUUUUUCUUGUGAUUUUAACAUACAACAGUUAAUUUAAUGUUGAAACAAAAUUACAGUGAAUCAUGUCAUUGCAACUCAUACGAAUCCAACAACUUUUAAUUGUUUUUGUCUGUUGAUUAGCAGUCGUCGUGACUAAGAUCACAGAUGAGUAAUUCAUAAUUUUGUUGUUUUUAACAUAAAUGUAAAGAAUUUUGAUUGUCAACAUCAACUUUUUGCGUACUUCAAAAUAUUGAGCCAUUAAAUCAUUUCGGAAUGAAAUGUUUUUUCUAAAAAUUAUAUUUUACUAUUAAUGUUAAAACAAAAAUAAAACGAAAACAAAUAAAAAGUCAAUAAAAAUCUUCCACUCGUUUGCAAGGAAAUAUCGACUAAAGUC